AGUUCCACACAGACCGAAGACCCGAUCGUCAUUUUGGUGAGACUUAAAAAAGUUAAAAUAGAAAAAAGUUUCAAUCGCGCCGAUUCUUCAGACUUCCAAUUGAAUCUCUCCCGUUUCUUCUUCGGGGAAUCGAAUAGCUUGUGGAACACUUCUCUCUCUCUCUCUACCAAAGCGUUUGCCGUGCACGCCUAUGCGCGUCGUGUUUGCUCAGACGUGUAUGUAUCUGUGUACAUGUCUGUACGGUUACUGCGGGAACUAGCAGCAGCAGGAGGAGGAGGAGGAAGAGGAGGAGGAAUUGAUAGGAGCUUGCGAAGAUGCUGGAAGAUCAAGUGGCGUAUUUGCUGCAGAGGUAUUUGGGGAACUACGUGUUAGGACUUAACAAAGAAGCUCUGAAGAUCAGUGUCUGGCAAGGAGAUGUAGAACUUACAAAUAUGCAAUUGAAGCCGGAGGCACUCAAUGCAUUGAAGUUGCCCGUGAGAGUUAAGGCUGGAUUCCUUGGAUCGGUGAAACUUAAGGUUCCGUGGAGCAGGCUUGGCCAAGAUCCUGUUGUGGUUCACCUUGAUCGCAUUUUUUUAUUAGCUGAGCCUGCAACCCAGGUUGAAGGAUCUAGUGAGGAUGCUGUCCAAGAAGUUAAAAAGAACCGUAUACGGGAAAUGGAAACGAAGCUGGUUGAGAGUAGACUAAUGCUGAAGACUGAAAUGAACAACUCUUGGCUGCAAUCUUUUAUCAGCACAAUAAUUGGAAAUUUGAAGCUUUCCAUCUCAAACAUACAUAUUAGAUACGAGGAUGUUGAGAGCAAUCCUGGCCAUCCAUUUGCUGCGGGUAUAACCUUAGAGAAACUCUCAGCAAUGACAGUUGAUGACUAUGGGAAGGAGACUUUUAUAACUGGAGGUGCAUUAGAACUUAUACAGAAGUCUGUGGAGCUUGAAAAGCUAGCUGUUUACUUUGAUUCUGAUAUCAUUCCGUGGCAUAUUGACAAACCAUGGGAGGAUCUGCUACCAGUUGAAUGGGUCAAGGUUUUCAGACAUGGGACUCAGGAUGGCAAACCAGCUGAUAAUCUUGUAAAGGAGCAUUCAUACAUUCUGCAACCUGUGACAGGGAAUGGAAAAUUCUCUAAACAGCGGCCUAGUGUAUCACUUCAGAGUGGUGAACCGCUGCAGAGAGCAGCUGUAACUUUGGAUGAUGUGACCCUCUGUUUGUCAAAGAGUGGUUACAGAGAUAUAAUAAAAUUGGCUGAGAAUUUUUCUGGAUUUAAUCAACGAUUAAAAUAUGCUCAUUUUCGUCCACCUGUUAUGGUAAAAUCUAAUCCAAGAGCUUGGUGGAAGUAUGCCUACAAAGCUGUGUCUGAUCAAAUAAAAAAGGGCAGUGGGAAACUAUCAUGGGAGCAGGUCCUGCGAUAUGCAAGUUUGCGCAAGAAAUACAUUUCUUUAUAUGCUUCACUGCUGAAAUCUGAUCCUGAUCGGGUUGUUAUUGAUGAUGACAAGGAUGUAGAGAAACUGGAUCGUGAACUAGAUAUUGAAAUUAUACUCCAGUGGAGGAUGCUUGCCCACAAGUUUGUGAAGAAGUCAAUGGAGUCAGACCUUUAUGUAAGAAAACAAAAAGCAAACAAACCGUGGUGGUCAUUUGGCUGGUCUAGCCAAUCUGUUGAAGAUGAAAGUGCUCCAGGAACUUUCAGUGAGGAAGAUUGGGAAAGAUUAAAUAAUAUAAUUGGGUACAAGGAAGGUGAUGAAGAGCCAUUAUUUGCAACUCAUGACAGGAGGGACUUGCCACAUACUACCUUGGAGAUUCACAUGAAACAUAAUGCUUCUAAACUUAGUGACGGUCAGGAUUGCCUUGCCGAUUUGUCCUGUGAUAAUCUCGACUGUUCUAUUCAGCUUUACUCGGAGACAAAAGUUUUUGACAUAAAGUUGGGAUCAUAUCAAUUGCUGUCUCCAAAUGGUCUUAUUGCUGAGAGUGCAACUGCCAAGGAAUCAUUGGUUGGUGUCUUUUGUUUUAAACCUUUGGAUCGUAAUGUGGACUGGAGUUUGGCAGCUAAAGCUUCUCCAUGCUAUGUAACUUAUCUGAAGGACUCAAUUGAUCAAAUUGUCAACUUCUUUGAAAGCAAUGUUGCUGUAAGUCAAACCAUUGCUCUGGAGACUGCUGCUGCUGUGCAGAUGACUAUUGAUGAGGUCAGACGAACUGCACAGCAACAAGUAAACAGAGUGCUAAAGGAUCAAACCAGGUUCUUACUGGAUUUGAAUAUUGCAGCACCCAAAGUUACCAUUCCAACAGAUUUCUCUCCAGAUAACACCCACUCUACCAAGCUUUUGCUUGACUUUGGGAAUUUAGUGAUCCAUACAAAGGAUGAUUCUGAAUUUGUUUCACAUGAGGACAGGAAUAUGUAUGUACAGUUUGAUCUUGUUUUGAGUGAUGUCUCUGCUUUUCUGGUUGAUGGUGACUACCACUGGGGGCAAGCACUUCCUACUACUAAAAUAGGUGGCCAUUCCAAGUCCAACAUUAUUUGUGUUCUGCCUGUUAUUGAUAAGUGUGGGGUAAUUUUAAAGCUUCAGCAGAUCCGGCUACAAAACCCAGGCUUUCCAUCAACAAGAAUUUCAGUUCAACUUCCAUCCCUUGGUUUCCAUUUCUCUCCUGCUCGCUAUCAUCGGCUGAUGCAAGUUGCAAAGAUUUUUGAGAGAGGGGAAAGAAAUGAUUUAGACUAUUUUCGCCCUUGGAGCCAAGCUGAUUUUGAAGGGUGGUUAUCACUUCUUAGUUGGAAGGGUGUUGGAGGCAGGGAGGCUGUAUGGCAACGGAGAUAUGUAUGUAUUGUAGGCCCUUUUCUUUAUGUACUAGAAAACCCUGGCUCUAGAUCCUACAAGCAAUAUAUCAGUUUACGAGGAAAACAACUCUAUCAAGUCCCUCCUGACAUUAUUGGAAAUGUAAAACAUGUGUUGGCAGUUUGUGAUGCUGAGCGAGCCAAUAACAAGAUAGUAGAAGAUGCAAAUGCCCUAAUAUUACGUUACAACUCUGAAGAAUCAAAGAGAAUUUGGCAGAGAAGUUUGCAGGGGGCAAUCUAUCGUGCUUCGGGAUCUGCUCCUAUCUCUGGUUUGUCUGAAUCUUCAUCUGAUUCAGAAGACUCUGAAAUGGAUCGUAUCAAUAAUCGUGAUAACAAGGACCUGUCAAAGGUGGAGAAUCUGUAUCUGACUGGUGUUCUUGAUGAGUUGAAGAUGUGCUUCAAUUAUAGUGGCCAGAAUGACCACAGUUUUACCAAGGUGCUGCUGGAGGAGGAGAACCGCCUGUUUGAAUUUAGAGCAACUGGUGGGAGGGUUGAGCUUUCAAUUAGAGGAAAGGAUAUUUUUAUUGGCACUGUACUGAAGUCUUUGGAGAUAGAAGAUUUAGUUUGCCCAUCAGGAAUGUUGCAGCCAUGUUAUCUGGCAAGAUCUUUCAUUAGUAGUGAUACUCAAAUAGUGAUUGAUGCUCAAGGCCAAGGUUGCAAUAGCAACAGUUCUAGUCAAUUUGAAGCAGAAGAGAAAUUCUAUGAGGCACCAGAAGAUCUAAAUGACAUCGAUAGUCCACAUGCAUUGGGAGGUGGAUCUGGCUUGUUGAGUCCUACCACAUCAUUCUCACCAGGCAGGACCAUUAUAAAGGCUCCUAGUUUUAAUCGUAUUGCUGGUCUUCUUCCUACGGAAGCAACUGAAAAUGGUAGCAAUCUUAUGGAAGUAACUGAUACAUUUGAUAGUUUUGUGAAGGCACAAGUUAUAAUAUUUGAUCAAAACUCCCCCCUUUAUUCUAAUAUUGAUACAAAGGUGGUGGUGACGCUAGCUACAUUGUCAUUUUUCUGUCGCAGACCUACGAUAAUGGCAAUCAUGCAUUUUGUAAAUGCUAUAAAUCUUGAGGAAGGAAGUUGUGAAUCUUUUAGUGACACGUCUUCAUCAUCCUCUCUACAGCAUGAGAUCUCUGAUGCAAAUGUGGAUGAUGGGCCCUCAGCUGGAGUUGAUGAGCCUGCAGUUAAGAGUUUGCUUGGUAAAGGAAAGUCUAGAAUUGUUUUCUGUUUGAAAUUGAAUAUGGCUCGUGCUCAGAUUUUACUGAUGAAAGAAGAUGGAUCUUCACUUGCUACUCUGUCACAAGAUAAUUUCCUUACUGAUAUUAAGGUAUUUCCAUCUUCUUUUACUAUAAAGGCAUCCCUUGGAAAUCUGCGGAUCAGUGAUGACAGCCUACCCGAUACUCACUGCUAUUUUUGGGCUUGUGACAUGAGAAAUCCAGGAGGGAGUUCUUUUGUGGAGUUGGAAUUCUGUUCAUUCAAUGUUGAUGAUGAAGAUUAUGAAGGUUAUGACUAUAGCCUUCUUGGUGAACUAUGUGAAGUGCGGAUUGUUUAUUUGAACCGUUUUAUACAGGAGGUUAUCAGUUACUUCAUGGGUCUUGUUCCCAAUGAUUCAAAAGAUUUUGUCAGAAUUAAAGAUCAAGGCACAAACUCAGAAAAAUGGUUUACAAGAAAUGAGGUUGAAGGAUCACCUGCUUUAAAGCUGGAUGUUUCGCUUAGAAAACCCAUAAUAUUGAUGCCUCGCCGUACUGAUAGUCUUGAUUUUUUAAAGCUUGAUGUUGUUCAUAUCACUAUCCAGAACAGUUUUCAAUGGUUUUGUGGGAGCAAAAAUGAAAUUAAUGCUGUACACAUGGAAAUAUUAACAGUUUCAGUCAAAGAUAUCAAUUUAAAUGUUGGUGCUGGGUCAGAAUUAGGUGAAAGCAUAAUUCAAGAUGUUAGUGGCAUUUCAAUUGUAAUCCAAAGAUCAUUACGAGACUUACUUCAUCAAAUUCCAAGUGUAGACGUUAGUGUAAAGAUGGAAGAAUUGAAAGCAGCUCUAUCUAGCACAGAGUACGAGAUUAUUACUGAAUGUGCUCAGGCUAAUUUUUCAGAGACUCCAAAUACUUUGCCCCCUCUAAUAGGGGACUACACAUCACCUUCAGCUGUAAUGACAGAACCUUUAGCACUGCAGAGCCCUGACACUGCAAACACUAAAACUGAAGAUGGUAUUAGAUGGAUUACUACCAAGGUUUCUGUCUCCAUUAAUCUAGUUGAACUUUGCCUUUAUUAUGGCUUAAAAAGGGAUGCAUCUCUUGCAACACUGCAGGUGAGCAGUCUGUGGCUUCUUUACAAAUCCAAUACUGCAGGAGAAGGCUUUCUUUCAUCUACACUUGGUGAUUUUGCAGUGGUGGAUGACCGAGAAGGUAUACAAGAGGAACUCAAGUUGGCAAUUAGGAAGCCUGAGACCUUUGGAUAUAGGCCUUCAAAAUUUGUGAGAGAUGGGGAUAAUCAUCCUGAUGUUAAAACUAGUGAUAUGGAGGACUUGGCACCAAGCCCCACAAUGAUUAUUCUUGAUGCAAAAUUUGGUGAAUGUUCGACAUUAAUUUCUCUCUGCAUUCAGAGGCCACAGUUGCUUGUUGCACUAGAUUUUCUGCUUGCUGUUGCUGAGUUUUUUGUUCCCACAGUUCGUAGUAUGCUGUCAAAUGACGAUGACAGGAGUUCCUCACAUUUAAUAGACGCACUCAUUCUUGAUCAGCCAACUUAUAUUCAGCCUUGUUCUGAAUUCUUUAUCUCUCCACUCAAACCUUUGGUUGCUGAUGAUGAAAGAUAUGACCUUUUUGUAUAUGACGGUAAAGGUGGAAUAUUGUAUUUGCAAGACAGACAGGGGAAAAACCUUUCUUCUCCAAGUGUAGAGGCUUUAUUCUAUGUUGGAAGCAGGAAGAAGUUACAAUUCAAAAAUGUCACAAUCAAGAAUGGGAAGUAUCUAGAUUCGUGCAUCUUACUGGGGCCAAACAGUAGCUACUCUGUUUCAGAAGAUGAUAAAGUCUACCUGGAGGAAGUUGAUGAAUGGCCUUCUGAGAUUCAUCACAGUAGCACUGUUUCUGGAAUUACUUCUCAGAGUCCUGUCAGCAGAUCUACAGAGUUAAUAUUUGAGAUGCAGGCUAUUGGUCCAGAGCUUACUUUCUACAAUUCAUCAAAAGAUGUUGGAGAGUCACUGGUGCUCUUAAACAAACUUUUGCAUGCACAGUUAGAUGCAUUUUGCCGGGUUGUUUUAAAGGGAGACACUACUGAAAUAGAUGCAAGAUUUCUUGGAUUAACAAUGGAGAGCAAUGGAGUCCGAAUAGUUGAACCUUUUGAUACCUCCAUGAAGUACACAACUGCUUCUGGAAAGACGAAUAUACACUUUACUGUCUCAGAUGUAUUUAUGAAUUUUUCAUUUAGUAUCUUGAGACUAUUUUUGGCAGUUGAGGAGGAUGUUUUGGCGUUUUUGAGGACAACAUCAAAGAAAAUGACAGUGGUGUGCUCUGAGUUUGACAAGAUUGGAACAAUUAAAUAUGGAGAGCAAAUGUUUGUGUUUUGGAGACCUCAUGCACCUCCUGGUUAUGCCAUACUUGGUGAUUAUCUCACACCAACUGAUAAACCUCCCACAAAAGGAGUAAUUGCCGUCAAUUCUAGCAUUGUAAGGGUAAAGAGACCUGAGUCUUUUACUCUGAUUUGGUCCUCUUCCCAGUCUCAGGUUGAUUCUGAACUUUGUUUCGGUACUGGUCAUUCUGACGAGGACAGAGUUUUUUCCAUUUGGUUCCCUCAAGCACCUAAAGGCUAUGUUGCAUUGGGUUGUGUGGCCUCUCCUGGAAGUGUGCAACCAUCGUCAUCCUCAGUUUUCUGUAUUUCUGCUUCUUUAGUUUCUCCAUGUGGUCUGAGAGAUUGUAUUAGUAUUGGCAAUAGCAGUAGAUCUUCUAGCUUGGCAUUUUGGCGUGUGGACAAUUCUGUUGGUACCUUCCUCCCUGCAGAUCCAACUACAUUGAGUUUGUCUGGUAGAGCUUAUGGACUGCGGCAUGUAAUCUUUGGAUUACAUAAAGAUUCUUCCAAAUCAUCAGAAAGUUCAGAAAAUGGUGCCCCAUCUAGUCACCAUAAUACUCUCCAGCAAGAGUUAUCAUCCUCUGUAAACUCUGGUAGGAGGUUUGAAGCUGUUGCAACUUUUAGGUUAAUCUGGUGGAAUCAGGGUUCAGGAUCAAGAAAGAGAUUAUCUAUAUGGCGCCCUAUUGUACCCCAAGGGAUGGUAUAUUUUGGUGAUAUUGCAGUCCAAGGGUAUGAGCCUCCUAAUACAUGCAUUGUUUUUCAUGAGUCUGAUGAAAUUUUAAAAGCCCCUUUGGAUUUCCAACUUGUUGGACACAUAAAGAAACACAAAUCAGUGGAUAGUAUAUCCUUGUGGAUGCCUCAGCCUCCUUCAGGGUUUGUUUCGUUAGGUUGUAUAGCUUGUAAGGGUACACCAAAGCAGUCUGAUUUUACCUCCUUGAGAUGUAUUCGCAAUGAUAUGGUCACUGGGGCUCAGUUUUCAGAUGAAAGUAUAUGGGAUACAUCUGAGAUCAAGUUUAUGAAAUACCCUUUCAGUAUAUGGGUUAUUGGGAAUGAUCUUGGGCCCUUUGUUGUCCGCAGUGGUUUUAAAAAACCUCCAAAGAGGUUUGCUUUAAAGCUUGCUGAUCAAGAUAUCCCUAGUGGUUCAGAUAACAUGUUGAUUGAUGCAGAAAUUAGAACAUUCUCUGUAGCUCUUUUUGAUGAUUAUGGUGGCUUGAUGGUUCCACUGUGCAAUGUAUCUUUAAGUGGAAUAGGUUUUAAUUUGCAUGGACAGUCUGACAAUUUCAACUCCAGUGUCACCUUCUCCUUGGCUGGUAGAUCAUACAAUGACAAAUAUGAUUCUUGGGAGCCUCUUAUUGAGCCAGUUGAUGGGUUAUUAAGGUACCAGUAUGAUAUCAAUGCUCCAGGGGCUGCUUCUCAGCUACGCUUCACCUCCACAAGGGAUCUGAACCUGAAUGUUUCUGUAUCUAAUGUCAACACCAUUUUUCAAGCUUAUGCUAGCUGGAACAAUCUUAGCCAUAUUAACGAGUCCUAUGAGCAGGAAACUGUUUCUCCCACUGAUGGGGGCAAGCCUAUCAUUGAUAUCCAUCACAAAAAAAACUAUUUUAUUAUCCCACGGAAUAAGCUUGGUCAGGACAUUUUUAUAAGAACAACUGGGAUGCUGCCUACUAAAGCAAUUAAAAUGCCAUCUGGAGAUAGCAAACCAGUAAAAGUACCAGUUGCAAAGAACAUGUUGGACUCGCAUAUGAAAGGAAAUAAUUUCAGUAAAUGCAGAGCAAUGGUGACAGUAGUCGUAGCAGAGGCAGAGCUCAAGAAAGUUGCAGGAUUAUCUUCUCAUCAAUAUACUGUAGCUGUCCGCCUGUUCCUGGAUCAGAACCAGCCUGGUCUAUCACUUUUACAUGAACAAAGUGCUCGCACUCGGGGAAUCAGCAUAGAUGAUUCUUCUGCUAUUGUUUCAGUGCAAUGGAAUGAAGUAUUUUUUUUCAGAAUCGAUUCAUUGGAUUUCUACAAUUUAGAGCUUGUUGUAACAGACAUUGGCAAAGGUGAUGCUGUUGGUUAUUUCUCUGCUCCACUAAAACACAUAUCUGGAUUUCAAGACAAUUUAGAUGGGCUUAAUUGGAUAGAGCUGUUUUCUGACUCACCUGCGAUGACAUCUGGAGAAGAAAGAGUAAUGAAAUCAGCUGGGAGAAUAAAGUGUGCCUGUUACUUGUCCCCUCAAAUUGAUAUGGAAAUCAGCAAGAGAUCAUCUGACAAGGGGAAAAAAGUUGGCUUUAUUCAGAUUAGUCCCACAAGGGAAGGGCCAUGGACUACAGUGAAGCUAAACUACGCUGCACCUGCUGCCUGUUGGCGGUUAGGCAACAAUGUUGUUGCCAGUGAAGUAACCAUAAUGGAAAAUAACAGAUAUGUGAAUAUAAGAUCCCUGGUUUCAGUUCGUAAUGAUACUGAAUUUGCAAUGCAUCUGCGGUUGAAACUGAGAACUUCAGAUGAAACAAUGCCUCCAGAUAAUGAAAGGAAGGAAGAAAAUGAUAAUGGCUAUGAAUUUGUUCGUUGUGAGUUGUUUGAAACUCAGAAAUAUACACCUACUGCUGGCUGGGUUGGAUUGGAUUUCAAUGAGAUGGCUUCUGGAGUUGGGUUGCCAUCAGGGUGGGAAUGGGUUGAUGAAUGGCAUGUUGAUAACAGUUCUAUUAAAAUUACUGAUGGAUGGGCUUAUGCUCCAAACGUUGAAAGUCUGAAGUGGCCGGAAUCUUGUAAUCCAGUUGAGUCUGUGAACUAUGCACGACAGAGGAGGUGGCUUCGUCAUAGAACAUGUGUUUUGGGAGAUCUUAAACCACAGAUUUGUGUUGGGCCUCUAAGGCCUGGUGAAGUUACUCCUCUUCCUCUCUCUGCACUUACUCAGUCUGGACGCUAUGUAUUGCAAUUUAGACCUUCAAAUCUGGAGCAAGCAGAAGAAUAUUCAUGGAGUUCUGUUAUUGACAGAACACACAACUCACAUGAUGUUGGUAUGCAACCAGAAAACUCAGGGAUAUGUGUCUCAACUCUCCAAGAGUCUGAGGAACUCUUGUACUGCUCAUUGGUUAGUGGGACAUCAAGCAGUUCACGUGGCAUGUGGUUCUGUUUGAGCAUUCAAGCCACCGAGAUUGCAAAGGACGUUCAUUCAAAUCCCAUUCAAGACUGGACCCUUGUGAUUAGGGCUCCACUCUCAAUAAGCAAUUAUCUUCCUCUUGUAGCUGAGUAUUCUGUUCUUGAGAGUCAGAACACUGGUCAUUUUCUUGCCUGCGUUAGAGGAGUUUUUAAUCCUGGAGACUGUAUCAAGGUUUACAAUGCUGACAUUAGAAACCCUCUGUACUUCUCAUUGCUUCCACAAAGAGGAUGGUUGCCAGUACAUGAGGCUGUUCCAAUAUCCCACCCUAGUAAAGUACCAAACAAGACAAUUAGUUUGCGAAGUUCUGUUUCUGGAAGGGUCGUCCAGAUCAUCCUUGAGCACAGCCAUGCUGAGGAAAGACCUUUUGAAGCAAAGGUCAUUAAGGUUUAUUCUCCUUAUUGGCUAUCAAUUCGAAGAUGCCCACCACUUACAUUGAGAUUUCUGGACUUGGGAGGGAAGAAAUCCAGGAAGAUAUCUUUCCCUUUUAAGUCAACAAGUAAUAGUGAGGCCAUCUUUGAGGAAAUCACCGAGGAGGAAAUAUAUGAUGGUUACACAAUUGCGUCUGCAUUGAACUUCAAUAAACUAGGCCUUGCAGCAUCAAUUAACCAUUCUGGAGAGGAGCAUUUUGGGCCCAUUACAGAUCUUUCUCCACUCAGUAAUAUGGAUGGGUCGCUGGAUCUUCAUGCUUAUGAUGCUGAUGGAAACUGCAUGCAGAUCUUCAUAUCUUCAAAACCUUGUCCUUAUCAAUCUGCUCCAACAAAGGUGAUUUCUGUUCGACCGUUCAUUACGUUUACAAAUAGGGUUGGGCAAGAUUUGUUUAUUAAGUUAAGUAGUGAAGAUGAGCCAAAGGUUUUGCAUGCAUCAGAUGCCAGAGUGUCAUUUGUAGUUCUUGGAACAACUAGCCCAAAUGAAUUGCAGGUUCGACUGAAUGAUACGAAUUGGUCAUUUCCCAUUCAAAUUGUUAAGGAGGACUCAAUCUUUCUGGUUUUGAGAAAAGCUGAUGGUACACGGAGGUUUCUGAGGGUGGAAAUUCGUGGUUUUGAGGAAGGAUCACGCUUUAUUGUUGUCUUUCGCCUUGGAUCCACAAAUGGUCCAAUCAGGAUUGAGAAUAGAACAAGUAGUAUGAUAAUAAGAAUUCGCCAAUCUGGAUUUGAUGAUGAUACAUGGAUCCAAUUGUUACCUCUUUCAACUACCAACUUUUCAUGGGAGGAUCCAUAUGGUCAAAAGCUUCUUGAUGCUGAGAUUCAUAGUGAGAAUAGGGGUACAGUCUGGAAAUUUGACUUGAAUAAUUCAGGGUUUUGCUCUAAAUGUGAUGGGUUGGGCUUGCUUUUCCAUGUUGUAGAUCUGGAUAAUAUUAGGGUUGCUAGGUUUUUAGAUGAGAAUAUGCCAAUCUUACCUCCAAAUGAAGGGAGCACGUCUUUGACAGAAGCUGGAAAUUCGGGAAGCUCUCGCAUACAGAGCCAGAUGCAGGAGAGUGGUUCUCCUGUAGAACUUACUAUUGAGUUGGGUGCUGUUGGGGUUUCUGUUGUGAAUCAUAGGCCUAAAGAGUUGUCCUAUUUGUACUUCGAAAGGGUCUCCAUAUCUUAUUCUACCGGAUACGAUGGUGGCACUACAAGCAGGUUCAAGCUCAUAGUGGGUUACUUGCAGUUUGAUAAUCAGCUCCCUCUCACUUUGAUGCCUGUAUUGCUGGCACCAGAACAAACCAUUGAUGUGCAUCAUCCAGUAUUCAAGAUGACUGUUACUGUGCAGAACGAAAUUGUGAAUGGAAUCCAGGUGUAUCCAUAUGUUUACGUACGAGUAACUGACAAGUGCUGGAGGCUUAACAUUCAUGAACCAAUUAUCUGGGCUUUUGUGGAGUUCUAUAAUAAUCUUCAGCUGGAUCGUCUUCCAAAGAGUACUAAUGUCAGUCAAGUUGAUCCUGAAAUACGCAUAGACCUGAUUGACAUAUCUGAAGUGAGAUUAAAGUUGUCAUUGGAGCCUGCACCAGCCCAAAGGCCUCGAGGAGUCCUAGGUGUUUGGAGCCCUAUACUAUCAGCUAUUGGGAAUGCGUUUAAAAUUCAGGUCCAUUUAAGGCCAGUUAUGCGUAGAGACAGAUUUAUGAGGAAAAGUGCAGUAGUUUCUGCAAUUGGUAAUCGUUUCUGGAGAGAUCUAAUUCACAAUCCACUUCACUUAAUUUUUUCAGUAGAUGUGCUUGGUAUGGCAAGCUCAACUUUAGCCUCUCUUAGCAAAGGCUUUGCUGAACUCUCAACAGAUGGGCAGUUUCUGCAACUGCGUUCAAAGCAAGUCUGGUCAAGAAGAAUAACUGGGGUUGGGGAGGGUAUCAUUCAAGGUACAGAAGCUCUUGCACAAGGUGUUGCAUUUGGGGUGUCAGGGGUUGUGACUAAGCCAGUGGAGAGUGCUAGACAGAAUGGCCUUCUUGGCCUAGCACAUGGAUUGGGACGAGCGGUUGUAGGAUUUAUUGCACAACCAGUGAGUGGGGCACUGGAUUUCUUUUCAUUGACCGUAGAUGGAAUUGGAGCUAGUUGUACUCACUGCAUUGAAAUUCUAAGUAACAAGACCAUCUUCCAAAGGAUAAGAAAUCCACGGGCUAUUCAUGCAGACAAUGUACUUAGAGAUUACUGCGAACGGGAAGCUCUUGGUCAGAUGAUACUUUACCUUGCUGAAGAAAGACGUCAUUUUGGAUGUACUGAACUAUUUAAAGAGCCAUCAAAAUUUGCCUGGUCAGAUUAUUAUGAAGAUCAUUUUGUGGUACCCUAUCAACGGAUUGUUCUAGUAACAAAUAAGCGUGUGAUGCUGCUACAGUGUGUGUCACCUGACAAGAUGGACAAGAAACCUUGCAAAAUCAUGUGGGAUGUUCCAUGGGAAGAACUCCUGGCACUUGAGUUGGCAAAAGCUGGAUAUUCCAAACCUUCUCAUGUCAUCAUACAUCUUAAAAAUUUCAGAAGAUCUGAAAAGUUUGUUCGAGUUGUAAAGUGCAAUACAGAUGAAGAGUCAGAGGAGCCUCAAGCUGUUAGGAUAUGUUCAGUUGUACGUAAGUGGUGGAAAGAACACCAGUCUGACAUGCAAAGCCUUGAAUUAAAAGUUCCAUCAAGCCAACGACAUGUGUGCUUUUCUUGGGAUGGCGCUGAUGGUAGAGAUCCCAGUCGCCGGCACAAAACCAUCAUUGGAUCAGGAGAGCUGUCUUCAUCCAGCUCCGCAUCUAUUGAAAAUAAAUCCAUCCAGCAUGUUAUCAACUUCUCAAAGGUUUGGAGCAGUGAACAAGAGCCAAAAGGUCGGUGUACAUUGUGCCAAAAGCAAAAUACAGAAGAGAGUGGAUUUUGUACCAUAUGGCGACCAAUCUGUCCUAGUGGCUACGUCCCAAUCGGGGAUAUAAUUCGUACUGGCAGCCAUCCUCCCAAUGCCGCAGCCGUUUAUUGCUAUUCUGACAAGAACUUCGCACCCCCAAUGGGUUAUGACCUGGUUUGGAGGAACUGCUCUGAUGAUUAUACUACUGCUGUCUCGAUCUGGCAUCCCCGUGCCCCUGAUGGCUAUGUUUCACUCGGUUGUGUCGCUGUGCCCUGUUUUACUGAGCCUGAACCCGAUGAUAUGUACUGCAUUGCAGAAUCACUUGUGGAGGAGACUGUUUUUGAGGAACAAAAGAUGUGGUCAGCACCAAAUUCAUUUCCCUGGGCAUGUCAUAUUUACCAGGUGCACAGUGAAGCGCUUCACUUUGUAGCUUUGCGGCAACCCAAGGAAGAAUCUGAUUGGAAACCUAUGAGGGUCAUUGAUGAUCCCCAGCAUUCAGUUCAGCUUCCCUAAGAAUUAUGUUCAGUUUUGGAUUACUAUCGAGCUUAAUAGUCAGGUAUCCUUCAAAUUUUUGUACCCGACUCUGAUAUAUAUUCCCACCUGCCAUUCAUUUCUUAUUCUCAUCAUGGCAUUAUUCCUUUUAAUGGCGUAUGUACAUUGUACAUAUCCAAACUAUCUAAUUGAUUCUCCGAAUUUAUUCUUAGUGCAUGCCACAAGUCUUUCUCUUGAAUUGAAUCACAUUAAA